AUGUCGCCCAGCUUAUGCCGGAUCCUUCUCCUCCUCCCCGCUCUGGCGAUUUCGGCUGCAGCACUGCCACAUGCCCCAGCCACCCCUGAGCCGAUCGUCACGCCUGUCGAGUGUCCUCGCCAUAACCCUACAGUUCAGGAUGGAACUCUCGUCGACCAGCUCUGGACAGAAAACUGUGAUCUCGUGACAAAGUUUCUUAGCAAUGCCUUCACCGCUGCCCAAGCGGCGCAAACCUCUCAGGGGACUCUAGAGUCACUGCAGUAUUAUUUCGUACAAGACUAUUACUAUCUCACCUUGACUGUCCCUCACAAGGCGUAUCUCUUGAAGUCUUUGGACCCAGAUGAUUCUGCCGCUGAUCAGACAUCUGCUAUUAACGAAACAGUUCUGGAUAUGGCUGGGGACCUCGAAUACGCAAGCAGUUUUCUCGUGGACCUUACAAGUCCUGAUCAUCUCAACGUAAGCAGCGCCGUUGUCAAGAACGCCAAGCUCGAGCCCGUUCUACGAGAAUAUGUCCAUUGGCUGGGAGAUAAUACGAAUCUCGGCUGGUACCUCUGGAGUAUAUCAAGACUCCCCUGCAUCUACGGAUGGGCUGAGAUUGCGUAUCAGCUAAAUCAGUCGUCUAGUACAGUGAGAGGGACUAAAUUCUUCAACGAGUGGCUUACCCCGAACCUUGAAUGGAGCUAUGGAGCUAAGCUAUCCGUUGAGUUGCAGGAGGUGCUGAGCGCCAACAACAAUACUGCGACAUUUGCGAUUGCCAAUGGGCUCUUCCGCAAGGCCCUGGAAUACGAAACUGCCUUUUUUGAGAGUGCAUUGGGAAAGAUUCCUAAGAACUGA